UCCUGUCCACCCUGAGGUUCUGCGGGCCGCUCUGAUGUAUAUUAAACAUACAGAGUUAAUAUCUGGUGCGAACAGGAUCUUUAUCUCGGUUAUAUCUGAUUGCCCGGCAACGCUGCAGGUUUGUUUACAGAUCGGUUGCCACUGGAGACGCGGGCGCCGCGUGAGACUCUUUUCCCGCCACGUCUGUUUUUGUUUGUUUUUGUUUGUUUUUGUUUGUUUUCGGCGGUUCUGCGGUUUUAACUCGGGUCCUGAGGGAGAUGAUCCGAUCUGGAGGCACCAGGAGCUCCGUGUGAUGGAGAGGUAUGAGUGUCUGGGGCUGGUGGGUGAGGGAAGCUAUGGAACGGUCACCAAAUGCCGCCACCGGGAGAGCGGCCGGAUCGUGGCUGUCAAGAAGUUUCUGGAGAGCGAUGAGGACAAGAGUGUGAAGAAGAUCGCACUGAGGGAGAUCAAACUGCUGAAGCAACUGAGGCACGAGAACCUGGUGAACCUGCUGGAGGUCUGGAAGAAGAAGCGGCGCUGGUACCUGGUGUUUGAGUUUGUGGACCGGACGGUUCUGGAUGAGCUCGAGCAGUUCCCCAACGGACUGGAGCCCAGCCGGGUCCGCAGAUACCUCUACCAGAUCCUCAGAGCCAUCAGCUUCUGCCACCAGCACAGUAUCAUCCACAGGGACAUAAAGCCGGAGAACGUUCUGGUGUCCCAGCAGGGGGUGGUGAAGUUGUGUGAUUUUGGCUUUGCUCGUACGAUGGCGGCUCCGGGGGAAGUUUAUACUGAUUACGUCGCCACCCGCUGGUACAGAGCGCCAGAGCUGCUGGUGGGAGACACUAAAUACGACAAGGCAGUAGACGUGUGGGCUGUAGGCUGUCUGUUUGUGGAGAUGGUGUCUGCCGUUCCUCUGUUUCCUGGAGAAUCUGAUAUCGAUCAGCUCUACCACAUCAUCAGGUGCCUCGGCAGUCUGACGCCGCGGCAGCAGGAGGUUUUCUACAGAAACCCGCUGUUCUCCGGAGUCCGUCUACCAGAACCCACAGAGAGAGAACCACUCCACUCACGCUUCCCCCAGCUGACCGGAACCACUGCUGACCUCACACAGAAAUGUCUGCAGAUGGAUCCAGAGAGAAGAGCUCAGAGCUCUCAGCUCCUCCACCACGACUUCUUCACCAGAGACGACUUCCACAUCCGCUUCAGCCUGGGCUCAGCCUCGAAGACCCCAAAGAACCUGAAGGAGAACCCCAAAGUGUCUAAAAGCACAAAGAGAGAGCGGGAGGACGCGGCCAGGAGAGAGAGGGACGAGCUGACGAGGAAGGACAGCGAUGACGUCACGCAGAGAGAGAAACAGGACUCCUUCACGGAGGAGAGGAGCGGAGCGAUGCUAAAGGACGCUGGACUUAAUGACCAAAACAGGCCACAGACGUACCUGCUCAGAGCCGGACCUGAGGGGGGAGAGACCACCCACACCUCUAAACACAGUCCGGAGGAUUCAUACACAUACAGCGAGACAUCGACAGCCUCCAGACCCCCAGAACUGCCCCUCAAAAACUGCCUCGCCCCUGGGAUACCGCCCCUGACCAACAGCCCCCUGACCAUCACUACUACUGCAGCCAGCACGGCCACGGGACCCUCACUGACCACAGUCAGCCUCAGGUCUGUUGAGAAGAAGAGAAACGUGAACGUGUGUAACAGAUUCUCCCAGCAGUCUCUGUCCAAUCACGCUGCAGCAGCUCCUGCAGUACAGGUAGCGCCAGAGUGGGGAUUGGCUCCAGAGAGAUCAUUCCACUGCAAACGGAAUGCAGCAGGGAAUGCUGGGAGGAGAAGAGGAGAGAUACGCUUCCCUGAACUGCGUAACACCCUCCUACCAGAGCACAGAGCAGACGGGAAACACAGCAAAAAGAAAGACACCAAGAUUCCCUCCAUCACUGCAGCAGAGCUGCACCUGGACAGAAACACAUAAUACACAAACACACACACACAUGGAUCUAAAACCAGCAGGCGCACUGUAGAUCAUAACCCAGCAUCAGAUUCUCAUCAAUAAAUGUGCUGCACUC